CUCCAUCCUUUUUAUUUAUGUAUAUUUAUAUUUUAUUUUGUUUGGUUUUAUUUUCUUCACCUCCCAUCUCCCAUUCCUCCCUUCUUCCUCACCAUUUCCAGUUUCCCACUCCUCUAAUAAUCUCUCUCUCUCUCUCUUCUGCUACCCUGCAAACUCCAUCUCUGCUGCUUCACAAACACUAUCAAAGCUCAUUUUAUUCUCAUUUUGUUUGAGUUUUGAAUUGAAACUUUUUUCUCUGACAUAUGUGUUUCAUGGCGACCUUUUCUGUACCUGAAGAAGCAAGGGUUGAAGAUGGAGAGUGUGGGGAAGUGUGAAUAAGCUAGCUCAAGCAGAGACUAAAGGAGAAAAAAAAAAGUUCUAAAGGAAAAGAGUUUUUGUGUAUAUUACCUACUGUUAUGGAAUUUUCAGCAGAGUAGUAGCUAUAUAUGUCGACGACGGUACUUACAGAUUCGAUCGUGGUGAACACGGCGGCGGCGGCGGCGGAGACGGUUACGACGAAAUUAACGACGGCGGCGAUGGAGGUUGACUUGGCGAAAUGCGAUUGCUGCGGAUUGAUAGAGGAAUGCACUCUGGCGUACAUAGAGAGGAUCCGGGAGCGGUACCAGGGGAAAUGGAUCUGCGGCCUGUGCGCGGAGGCGGUGAAGGAUGAGAGUCUGCGGUGCGAGGAGCGGCUGAUCAGCGGCGAGGAGGCGUUGACUCGGCACCUCAAUUUCUGCAUGAAGUUCCGGUCGGCCGGCCCGCCGCCGGACCCGACGGUUCACUUAAUCGCGGCGAUGAGGCGGAUCCUGAGGCGGAGGUCGUCGUCGAAGCCACCGAAGUUCACGUCGAUGCCGAGUAGUCCGAUGAAGAAUCACGGCGGCGGCGACGAGAUUAACCUGGCGGCGCUUAAGAGAUCGGAGAGCUGUAUUCCGACGCUGUCGAUGGUGGAGGUGAAUUGCAGUGUGGAAAUGCAACAAAGCUGUGAAUAAAGUAAAGAGCCGAGAAACGUGGAAACUAAGGAGUAGAAUUGAAGUUUAAUUUAGACCCACGGAAUGAACAAAAAUAUAACGGUAAUCCUAUCCAAAAAAAACAAAUAAUGCUCAAUGCAAAACCUUCUUAGUUUUGAUCCUUCUAAGUGUAACAAUUUAAACCAAUUAGCAUUUCCACUAAGAAAUUAAGUAUCUCUUCAUGCUAUUUAAUUUCUUCAA